AAGGACUUCUGGGAAAAGGAUCCUGGGAAUUUUUGCCAGAAACUAAUCUGAGAGUCCAACUCCAAGAAGUUGGGGGUGGUUUGUGUUGGGUCAGCCUGUGAUUGGACUGCAAAGUCCACCAGGGAGGAGGAAAGCAGAAAACGCAAAGAGCCAAGGAAAGGGGGGAAGCCCUCCCCACCCUCACCCCCACCCCAAUGCACAUUCACCCAGGCCUGCAAGAGGGUGCAGCCACUAGCCUGGAGAGGAUCAGCGUGUGUGAAGGGUGAUGGUAACAGAUGGACCCAAGGACCUCUCUAGCCCAAGUCGACCUGCAAGGCCUCCAGGGACGGGCUUGCCAACAGCUGGACUUGAUCACCAGCUUGCAAAGUGAGAUCACGCAUCUGGUGGAAAAACAAGCAGGCUUUGCUCCCUGGCUGUUUUUAGAGGAUUUUCCCAGCAGUGGAUAGAAAGCAGGAGACCACCACCUGGACCCUUGAGUUUUCUUAGAGAGCACAGCUCAGGAGAUUCCACUCCUGGGUGGUUUGCAGGACAAUGAUGGCCCUUCGGCGAGCUUCUGCUUUCCUGGUUCUGUUCCUGGCAGCUCUUCUGCCCCCACCACAGUGUGCCCAGGACCCGGCCAUGGUGCACUACAUCUACCAACGCUUUCAAGUCUUGGAGUGAAUGAUAGCUAUUUAUAUUACUUGGCUGAUUUACAUAACUAGCAAUAAUUUGAGAAUGUAUUUUCUGACUGAAGCAAGGACUGGAAAAAUGCACCCAAGCCACGAGGGCAUACAUUCAAGACUUCCGAGAGUUCUCGAAAAACAUAUCCGCUAUGCUGGGAAGAUGUCAAACCUACACGAGUGAGUAUAAGAGUGCAGUGACUAACCUGGUCCUGAGAGUCGAACGUGCCCAACGGGAGAUCGACUACCUAGAGUACCUGAGAGAAGCUGAUGUGUGUGUGGAAUCAGAGGACAAGACCCUGACAGAAAAGCUCAUCCAAGAGGCCGAAGAGGAGAAGAAGAUCCGGAAUCUGCUGAAUUCAAGCUGUGACAACAUGUUGAUGGGCAUUAAGUCUCUGAAAAUAGUGAAGAAGACUACGGACACACAUGGCUCUUGGAUGAAAGAUGCUGCCAGCAAUUCCCAAAAGGUUUAUUUUUUAAUUGGAUCCAGAAACAAAACCGUGUGGGAAUUUGCAAACAUACGGGCAUUCAUGGAGGAUAGCACCAAGCCAGCCCCGAGGAAGCUAAUCCUAACACAUUCCUGGCAGGGAACAGGCCAAGUGAUCCACAAAGGUUUUCUGUUUUUUCACAACCAAGGGACUCUCAACGAGAUCAUCAAAUAUAAUCUGCAGAAGAGGACUGUGGAAGAUAGAAUGCUGCUCCCAGGAGGGGCAGGCCGAGGACUGGUCUACCAGCACUCCCCAUCAACGUACAUAGACCUGGCUGUGGAUGAGCAUGGGCUCUGGGCCAUCCACUCAGGGCCAGGCAUCUAUGGCCAUUUGGUUCUCACAAAAAUUGAACCUGGCACACUGGGAGUGGAACACUCAUGGGACACUCCAUGCAGAAGCCAGGAUGCUGAAGCCUCCUUCCUUUUGUGUGGGGUUCUGUAUGUCGUCUAUAGUCCUGGUGGCCACGGCCCUCACCGCAUCACCUGUGUCUACGAUCCCCUGGGCACUAUUGGUGAGGAGGAUCUGCCCAAACUGUUCUUCCCCAGGCGGCCAAGAAGUCACUCCAUGAUCCAUUACAACCCUAGAGAUAAGCAGCUCUAUGCCUGGAAUGAUGGAAACCAGAUCAUUUACAAACUCCAGACAAAGAGAAAGCAGCCUCUGGAGUAAUGCAGGACAGCACGGAGAGAGAGCAGUAAGGCUGUGGACACUGCUCUCUGGGACACUGAGGCCACAGCCCCUUUGCAAUACAGUAUCCCCUGAUCACAUUCAGGGAGAGAGGCUAGAAGUGGGCUCCCAUAUGCAUCCUUCCCUGGAUAUUAAGCCUGAGUCAUCUUCCAAGAGCUUAGAUGGUCUGUUGUUCAGAAAUUUUCAACUUCCAACACCCAACCAAAUCUCCCAGCUCUCAAGGCUGUCCACAUGCUGAUCUAGCUUACGUCCAGCCUUUUCUUACUACCCCCAACAGUUAGCCAAAAUGUACCCCGCCUCCUAAUAUUCCUGGCCCCUGGCCUUUCCUGAAGCUCUUUCCUCCUGCACAAGUGCCGAUUGCUAGUCUUCCAUUUUUCACUGCCCAACUAAAGUAUCACUUCCUAUUGAUGUUUAAUCUCCACGUCCCCCAGUUCUGCUCCUUCACCAAGCUGAGGAGAUAUAAGAGGAAAGUAAAACCACUCACAUUUGAAUACCCCUUGCCAGUGACAAAGUGCUCCUCUGUACAUCAUCUAAUGCCACCCUCUGAGACGUUCGGAAGAAGUCUUUAUAAUUGCCAUUUUAGAGAUGACAAGUUUAGGUGAGCCAUUCAGAAUAAUGAAGCUUCCAAAUGAAAAUAAGGCUAGAAAAUUCUGCAGGUCCUGGUCUUUCUGUUGCCCAAGAAAGCAUCGAAUAUGUAUGUUUGUUCACUCAGCCUUAUGUUCAGCAUCUCAUCCUAAAAAAUAAUGGUCUGCCCCCUGUAGCCUGUUUUCAUGUCUGCACAAGACCUUCCUGUAAGCCCUUCAAAAGCUACUUCCUCCAGAAAACCAGCCUACAGCCUAAGGGUGAGGAUCCCACCUGUAGCUUCAUCCUGUCUUACCCUCCCCUGUGUCUGUCUGCUUGCUGGAAACACAAUAAAACUGACACUAAGCAAAUA